CCAUGCCACCACUACUCUUUAUCAAUAUCAUCACUUUCAUUCUCUUCCACCCUCAAAUCUCUGCUGCAGCACGGCUCUGUCAUCCCAACGACAGAGCCGCGCUGACAGCAUUCAAAAACAGCUUCACAAACCCCAACCCAUUCCCCUCGUGGGACCCCGCCUUCGACUGCUGCGACUGGUACGGCGUCAAAUGCAACGACACCACCAGCCGUGUCAUCGGCCUCGACAUAGCAUCCCACGACUCCCUCACCGGCACCAUCCCCUCGUCCCUCGCCAACCUAACGCACCUCCAAAAUCUCCGCCUCCACAAGAUCCCCAACCUAGUAGGCCAAAUCCCACCCUCACUCACAAAAAUACCUAAACUAAGAUUCCUUGUAAUAAGCUGGACAAACAUCUCAGGACCAAUCCCACAUUUUCUUUCCCAAAUCAAGAAUCUAGCAUACCUAGUCCUCUCCUUCAACCGCCUCUCCGGCACAAUCCCUCCUUCUCUCCCAACUCUUCCGUACCUCUUCGCAAUUGAUUUAAGUCGAAACCAGCUCACCGGCCCCAUCCCAGAAACGUUCGGACACUUCCAAAAAACCGCGGGAUUCCCAGCACUCGACCUCUCUCACAACAAGCUCUCCGGGCCGCUUCCAUCUUCUUUGGCCAAUGUACCCUUCUCGUCGGUGGACGUCUCUAGAAACAAUCUGACUGGCGAUGCGUCUGUGUUCUUCGGGAAGGACAAGGCCGCGAGCAGCAUUGACAUAUCGAGGAACGGGUUCGAGUUUGAUCUGUCGAAGGUGAGCUUCAUGGAGUCGCUAGAUGUGUUGGACAUAUCGCAUAACAGGAUUUAUGGGGAGAUUCCGAAGCAGAUAACGGAGGCUGUUUACUUGCAGUUUUUGAAUGUUAGUUAUAACAGAUUGUGUGGGGAGAUUCCGACGGGGUGGAAGCUGAGGUAUAGAUCUGAGCCUUGGGAGAAUUCAUCGUUUGUGCAUAAUCGGUGCCUUUGUGGGAUUCCUUUAAAUCCAUGCAAAUGAUUGUCAAUUUCAAUUCUAAUUAAUGAGUUGUGAAUAAGCUUUCUUUCUGCAUUUGAAAGAUUUUCAGUUUA